CUCACCUCAAGUUGCUAUCGGUGUUGUUUUUGAAGCUAUGAUGGCGGCAGCGGGAUGCGGAUCAGCAACCGCGGCUGCCAUAGGAGGGCAAGUUGGUACUGCUGCACCCCGAGGUCGCUUCCCUGGUCGGCCUUGGUCGUCUCGCAGCCGCUUGCGUUCUGAGAAGCGAUGGCAACUCGACCGAUCAGGGGCAGAAGCUGACGAUGCGACUAAUGCUGGAGGCCCAAGGCCCACAAGCCUGGUACUAUCGUUAAACGAGGACCAGUCUCACUUGCGCUUACUUGGGAUAGAGUCGAACCACAAGAACCUAGCGGAGGCUGGGUACAGCUCAAGUGGGAGCGAAGAGGUGAGAGCCCAAAUCGCUGCUGGAGGAGAGGAUUUCACAGGAUUUGAAUCUGAUUGUAAAGGAUAUCAAGGCCCCGUACGGUCCAGACAUAAUCCCUUCAAAAGUGAUCCUGUCAAAACAAAAUCAAGAAGGAUACGAGAGAAGCCACCUCUUGUAGUCACCCCAAAAGAGACAGAGGAGACUCCAACUCCUAAAGAAGAUGCACAAUCUUCACAAGAAGUCCACUGUGCAAUUCCUCCAGAUGCAGUGCCUUCCAAGGAUGGUAGGAAGGGUUCAAAAAACAAGCACUCAAACCCAGCAAAGGAGAGGCGUCCUGUGAAAAACGGGGCAACGUCAACUCCAAGGAUUACCAUCAAGUUGGUGGCCAAGAAGACGGUGAGAAAGGAAAAGGGAGGACGUCAAAAAUCUGUGGAGAAGCUGAAGGUAAAAGGAUUUAAUUUUCAGUCAAAAGCUAAUGAUGUCGAAGGUGACCAGAUCUCCAGUGCCCAUGUCAAAUUAAAGACCGACACACAAGCUGAUGAGGCACAGCAUCUGAAUGGCACUGAGGAUGAGGGAGGCAGAGGAGCCAUACCUGCAAGGAGGCGUGGUAGAUCUGCCUCCAAGAUCACUGAACCCUGUGUUCAAAGUGGGGCCAAAGUUGGGGAGGUUGAUGACCAAAAAUCAGAGGGGGGUAGAAAAUCAACAGGCAAACAGGACAUUGCACUGGGAAGUGGAAAUGCGGAGCCAAAAACUGACAUUAAGAAAUUCAAACGGAAAGAAAGAACCACAGAGGUUAGCACUGAAGUCAAUAAACUGGUGAUCCGAAGAAGAAAUAGAACUACUAAUCCACCCUCCGAAACACAUGGAGGCCUUGUAACAGAAUCAAAAAACCAGAGCAAUGACAAAGUAUGUCUGGCAGAGUCCUUGUUAGAGGUUUCAAGAAUAGAGGAAGCCAAACCACCAUCCAGAAAGAGUAGACGUAAACAAAGCAAGGCACAUCAAGAAGAGAAGAUGGUCACAGAAAUCCAUGUUCCAUUAGCCACAGAACCUGAAAAGCAAAUUUUUGAAUCCAAUGAUGGUCUGGCUUUUAAAAAUGACGAUGACAUAAUCGGGAUUCCAACUUUUAAGCUGAUUAGAAUCAGAAACCCCAAAUUGGAAGGCUCAUCUCGGUCUGACAGUAAGGGCUCCUCUCGUAAGAAAAAACGAAGCAAGUUUGUGUGGACACUUACAUUGGUUAAGGGGAAAAGCAAGGAAACCCAAGUGCAGGGCUCUGGAAAUACUGUCAACGGAACAAAGAAGCAGCGGAAUACCACUGAAUUGGACAAAGCCUCUCUUUUUGAACCCAGUGUGAUCGAGAGUGUAGAGAACCCUGAAGAGAAAGAGGCCACGAGUUUUACCACCUCCAGAGAUGCUGAGCACACACAUAAUGAGAGGUCUUCCAAGAAGAAGACUAAGGAGGCUUCGUCUCUUGAGGAUAAGUCCUCUCUUCAUGUUGAAGUGGGACGGGUAACGCAACCACAUCCAGAGGAGACCACUCAACCAACUGACUGUUGUGAUACUGUGGCAAAGGCUGUUCCACCCCUUCAGAUAAAAAAGGUAUCCUCACCCGGUAAACCUAAACGCUCAAAACCAUCAUUCUUGAUCCAGCAAACUAGUCCUGCGCCUGAAGAAAAAAAUAUACUGGUAAUCACAAAAGAGUCAAUUGAAAUUCUGGAUGAAAAAAUUACUUUAUCAGACACAAAUGCUGUGACUACUCCCAAAGCAAGGAGGAGAAGGUCGGCAAAGAUUUCUACACCACGAAAGAAGCGUGGAAGUCAUAAACCCUGGACAACCCACAAACACAAGCUUAAAUUAAGUCCAAAUGCGGAACAUCCAUCUGAGGAACCUGCCAGUGAAGCAGAACCACAGACCGAUAAGGUUUUGAAGACUGAGGUUUCCACAUUGUCUGUUGUCUCUAAACCUAGAAGGAGAAGAAGUUCGAGUUCAGUUAGAAAGAGGCCAGGGAAGACACAGAUGUUACCUGAACCCACUGAAACUCCAAACACAGAGUUUGCCUCAUCUGAACCACAGACAGAGGAGGUCUCCACAUUGUCUGUUAUCUCUAAAUCUAGAAGAAGAAUACAUUCUAUCCUUUCAACUAGAAAGAAGUCCAGAAAGACACCAACAUCAUCUGAAACUCCAAACACCGAGAUGGCCCCAUCUGAACCGCAGAAAGAGAAGGUCUCCACAUUGUCUGUUGUCUCUAAAUCUAGAAGGAGAAUAAAUUAUAUCCUUUCAAUUAGAAAGAAGUCAAGAAAGACGCCAACAUCAUCUGAAACUCCGAACACAGAGAUGGCCCCAUCUGAACCACAGACAGAGGAGGUCUCCACAUUGUCUGUUGUCUCUAAACCUAGGAGAAUACAUUCUAGCCUUUCAAUUAGAAAGAAGUCAAGAAAGACACCAACAUCAUCUGAAACUCCAAACACAGAGAUGGCCCCAUCUGAACCACAGACAGAGGAGGUCUCCACAUUGUCUGUUGUCUCUAAACCUAGGAGAAUACAUUCUAGCCUUUCAAUUAGAAAGAAGUCAAGAAAGACACCAACAUCAUCUGAAACUCCAAACACAGAGAUGGCCCCAUCUGAACCACUGACAGAGGAGGUCUCCACAUUGUCUGUUGUCUCUAAACCUAGGAGAAGAACUUCUAGCCUUUCAAUUAGAAAGAAGUCAAGGAAGAUACCAACAUCAUCUGAAACUCCAAACACAGAGAUGGCCCCAUCUGAACCACAGACAGGGGAGGUCUCCACAUUGUCUGUUGUCUCUAAACCUAGAAGGAGAAGAACUUCUAGCCUUUCAAUUAGAAAGAAGUCAAGAAAGACACCAACAUCAUCUGAAAUUCCAAACCUAGAAUUAGCCCUAUCUGAACCUGUGACUUUGGCUGACACUCAACCAGAGGUGAAGGUGGAGCCAGAGACCCAGCCACUAGUGAGUGGAAAGGUACUGCUGUUAGAGCACCCUGUUAUUGAACAGACAGAACCAUGCCGUCAUAGAAGUCUGUUCAAACAUGGCAAAAAGAAGCGAAGAGCCUUGAUUGGACAGAGGCAGAAACAAAGGCAGAGGCCAAGAGGGAUAAAGAGUGAUGAGAGUAAAUCGCCUGAAGGUAAGGUACCUGAAGCUGUUGACGAGGUAGACCUAAAGGAAGUUUCCUCCCCAGAGGCUGCUUCCACACCGGCAAGCUCUAAACUCAUUGGCAUCCUCAAGACGAAGUACAGAAGGAAAAAGGUCCCCAAUUCAAGCCUUCAGUUCCUUGGUACCAAAAGACCAAGAGCCAGGCCUAAAACUCUAUCUAAGCAGGUAGAAAUGGAUCUCGCCCAGCAAAUUUUGGAGGAGCAGGAUAUACAAGACACUGUGGAUGAUGAACCACAGUCUGAUGCUUUUGAUGACCAGCCUGGUAAAUCAAAGUACCUUAAAAACAUAAAGCACUUCAUCAUGCCUGUUGUCAGUGCCCGGUCCUCACGGGUGAUCAAGACUCCACAGAGGUUUAUGGAUGAUGCUGGCAUGUCCGUUUUGCCACGUAGAAACUCCCCGAAGAAAGGCCAACUAUUCGGCUUACACCCACGCACUGGAAGGAAACGAGAAGAUGGCACAGGUAGAGAGCUUACUCCUGAUCUGCCUAUCGACGAAGAAGAAUUUCUAAAUGAGGCGCAGUUAGAUGUCGAUUUGUUCUCAACUCAGGAACUCGAACAGGAAACCACUGACGUGAGUGACAGCUUAUCCUCAGAAAAGCAGUCUGGAAAGAGGAAGUCCCUUUUGAGGAAUCCCAGUUUCAAGUGGCAUGUGCCAGGAGAGUCUGGUGAGGAGGUAUAUACACUGGACAAAACUCUACAGAACGAGUAUGAGACUUUACUUUUAUCCAAAGAAUUCCAAAUUGCUUCUGACCCAUCAACCGAUCCCCAGGAGGUUCAGAAAAAUAAAAGGCCCUACAAGUUCAACAAGCAAACAUCUCACCUAAAGAUGUACAAGCGACUGAAGAAGCUGCAACCAGGACUUCCCAAAAGGAGAAUAAAAAAUAUGAUGACAGAUGGUGUUUGCAAUACUCUUCAAUCUUCUGUUCAUGUGCUAGCGGAAGGUCUAGAUGAUGAAGUCAAGAGCAUCUGUCUGAAGAAACGUCCCACAAUCACAGCUCCAAGCAAACCCAAAUCCAAGCAAGGCAAAUCCAAGCUCAAGAUUGAGGACCUUGAUAGUCCUGGGGUUGUGCGAAAAGUCUCUGUGUGUGUUCGGACUAUGAACUCAAAGUUCUUAACAUUUCAAUAUGGAGAACAUGAGGAGUUGACAGAGGAAGACAAAAUAAAUGCAGAACAAUGUCUUGCAGAAGCAGGAAAGCUUGAGCCAGAGGAGCUGCAUCUGGACAUGAUCGCUGAGGCUGACCGUGCUGCUGCUGAGGAGAAAGGAGCCACCCAGAGAGUUCGCCUCACAGGGGCCAAUAAGAGGAUGUUCAAUCUGCUCAAGAAAGCCAAGGUCCAGCUCAACAAGAUCGACCAGCAGAAACAACUCAAGACCUCAGGGCUUCUAUCAGGGCCUGCUGGCUCCAGAGAUGCAGCUGGGAAGAGACAAAGGAGGAAACAGAAAGAGCAGCUUGAGCCUGCUGCCUCAAACAUGACUGACCCUCCCCUGUCACAGGAGUUCCGCAGAGCGGGGGGUCCACGCAUCAAGCAUGUGUGCCGUGCAGCAGCUGUGGUGCUGGGCCAGCCUCGUGCGCUGGUGCCUGAAGAUAUGAUCCCCAGACUCAGUGCUCUGCCACUGCAUGAGAGAACUGGCAUAUCCCCCUCUGGCAAAAACCAAGGUGGUCUGUCUCCCUCUGGACCAGACAGCCCUGGGAUGCCGGAUCAGAAGGUUACCAAGGUCAGGAAGUCGGGAGCAGGUUUUGCUAAACAAAAGAGCCUUGGACCGUUUGGGCUCCGCUCUCGGAGGUGUGGGAUCUGCAAGGGCUGCAACCACGAGGAGGACUGUGGCGAGUGCAUGAACUGCCUGGACAAACCCAAGUUUGGAGGGCCCAAUACGAAGCGACAGUGCUGCAUAUAUAAAAGAUGCGAUCAGAUUGAAGACCGAAAGGCACGUCGUCUGAGUGGCAAGUUCCCUAGAGGUCCUGGGAAGCGCAGGCGGCACUCCCUCAGCGUGGUUCAGUCUAGCAACGAGGAAGUUGAUGGGAUGGAGGUGGGGGACAGCCAGAGCCCGUCUGUGAGGAAGCAGCCACGGCGCUGUGUGAAGCCGCGCUCAUACUUUGACCUGCUGGACUAUGACUCCGACCUGGAGAUUACUGUGGGCUCCAACUCUGCCUCCCCUGGCCGGAGGAGAGGCCCCGGCCCACGCAGCCAUGACUUUGUCUCACUGGAUGGAUUCCUGGGAGACCUAUCAGACGACGGCGUGAGACAUCGCAGGCUGCACCACCGAAUCCCUCCUGGUCGCCGUAAAACUGAGAAGAAUCCUCUGGAGCAGACGCCACCCAGCGUCCUGGCCGCCCUGGCCAAUGGAUUCGACCAGAGGGAGAGGGAGCCCACCGAGCCUACGCACAAGAUCGGAGUGGAUUUCAAGGAGGACUGUGACCUCCAGAACGUGUGGAUGAUGGGAGGCCUGAGUAUCCUGACCUCUGUGCCCCUCAUGCCCCCCUGUGUCUGCCUGCUGUGUGCCAGUAAAGGACAACAAGAGCAGAUGCUGUACUGCCAGGUGUGCUGUGAGCCCUUCCACCGGUUUUGCCUUGAGCCAACGGAGCGGCCCUCUGAGGAGAACAGGGAGAACUGGUGCUGUCGCCGCUGCAAGUGCUGCCACGUAUGUGGCAGAAAAAACAAGCACUCCAAGCCUAUGCUGGAGUGUGACAGAUGUCAGAACUGUUAUCACCCUUCAUGCCUGGGGCCUAACUACCCCAAACCCAACAAGAGGAGGAAGGCCUGGGUGUGUAUGACGUGCAUCAGGUGUAAAAGCUGUGGGGUUACACCAGGGAAGAGUUGGGACACAGAGUGGAACCACGAUAAAGGACUCUGUCCGGACUGCACCAAGCUCCACGACCAAGGCAACUACUGUCCAAUCUGCUUCAAGUGCUAUGAGGACAGUGACUACGACAGUCAGAUGAUGCAGUGUGCCACCUGCAACCACUGGGUACACGCCAAGUGUGAGGACCUAACAGGUGACCUGUAUGAGAUUCUGUCUAGCCUGCCAGAGAGUGUAGCGUAUUCCUGCCGGCCCUGCAGCCAGUCCCAGCCCAGCGCCUGGAGGGAGCUGCUCCACAUGGAGCUGAGGGCCGGGAUAGAGAAGGUGCUGGCCUGCCUGCUCACCUCCACCCUCACCCAGCACCUCAUCGCCUGCUCACAGUGUGUGACCCAGGUUGACCCUGACAGUGGAGCGAAGGGCCAGCCAGCCUGUGACCUCCGUGCUGUGGGCAAGAAGUUUGACAAAGGCCUCUACACCACCCUGAAAUCGUUCCAUGAAGAUGUGGUGCAGGUGGUGCGGAGGCGUCUGGAUCAGGAGGAGUCUCUCCCGGAGGAAGAAAGGCCCACAGCCUUGGCCCGCUCCUACUACUUGAAGCUUCUGGAGGAGGUCUUCAACUGGUUCAACAGUCAGGACCCCAAAGUGUGGGACCCCCGAACAAAAGACCUGCCUGUUGGGAUGCUGUCCCAUGCGGUUCAGCCCCCCACCACUGAGCAUGUGUACGCCCAGUGGCAUGAGAGGGAGGAGCUACGGUCCAGGGCCCCUCUGGGGACCCUGCAGACGGAGAACGUACCACGCCUGGAGGUGAAACAAGAAGAGGUGCCUCACCCCACCACCCCACUGACCACAGAGCCAACCAGGGGCCUCCACUUCAGGAAAAACAGGGCUUUCAGGCUUAAUAAACUCAAAGGGAAAAGGGGAAGGGCUGGACGACAGUCAAAGUCUGAGGGACGGCCAUCCAAGUCUGAGGGACGGCUGUCCAAGGCUGACCUAGACACAGGGUGGUCCAAGGACGACGGGAGGCAAUGCUCACUGUGCCAAAAGUAUGGAGACGCUAAGUCCAAUGAGGCGGGCAGGCUGCUGUACCUGGGCCAGAACGAAUGGGCUCACAUCAACUGCUCCAUGUGGUCCGCAGAGGUGUUCGAGGAGGACAAUGGCUCUCUGAUGCACGUGCACAGUGCCGUCGCUAGGGGGCGCUUCAUGCGCUGUGAGCGCUGUAACCAUACAGGUGCCACAGUGGGCUGCUGUCUGACCUCCUGCCAGAGCAACUACCACUUCAUGUGUGCCCGCUCCCGCAACUGUGUAUUCCAGGACGACAAGAAGGUCUACUGCUACAAACACAGAGACCUCAUCAGUGGCAAGAUGAUCACUGGCCAAGGGUUUGAGGUGAAUCGGAGGAUGUACGUGGACUUUGAUGGGAUCAGUCUUCGCAGGAAGUUCUUGACCGGACUGGAGCCAGAAAACAUCAAUUUGAUGAUUGGCUCUUUGCAGAUUGAAAAGCUAGGUAUGCUGACUGAGCUGUCUGCAAAGCAAGGAAAACUUUUCCCAGUGGGUUACCAGUGUUCUCGCUGGUACUGGAGCACGGUGAACCCACUGCGGCGAUGCAAAUACACGUGUACGAUACGUGAGGUCCGACCGCCGGUCCCUGAGAAACCUGCUGAAGAGAUGCCAGACAAUGGAGAGAAUAGCACUAUAGCACACAGCCCCUGCCCCCAGUCAGAAUCUGAUGCCCAAGAGGUUGACGUGGCACAUUCCCGACCCACUACUCCAAGCUUCUUGGCUCCACUCCCUAAAUCUGACCAAGGGGCAAGGCCCAAAAUCAGGAGACCAGCUGGAGGACUGUUCCGGCCUCUGCCCUCCCCAGGAGCUACCAAGUCCAAACCCCACCACAUCCUGACCAUCAGUGACCUGGAGGAGACGCGCAGGCCCCGUCGCCACAGCCCCCACUCCCAAACCCGCAGGGACAUGUCCUCCCCAACCCUGGGCUCUCCCACUGGACCUGGACUAAUCACCCUCCGCACUGGGGGCUCCAUGCACCCCAAGGCCUCUGUGCCCACCUAUCCGCUGUUUCCCCUCGGUGCUACUGAUAUUCUGCUGACCUCUCUCUCUGCCCGCCCUGUCGGAGGUCGAAGUGCUUCCUCUGCCCGAUGCCCUGGGAACAUGACUCACUCUACCUCAGGACUCUUUCCCCAGCCCCCGUGGGAAGACAGUGUGGGCAGCUUCCCUUCCCCUGGCCUGUCCCUCUCCCCAACCAUCCAGCACUCCCCUAGACCCAGGCUGUCUUUUGACCUGAACCAGUCCGACUCAGUGGAGGUGCCACACAACUUCCUGGCCUCACCAGAACCGGAGGAUAACCCUGCACCUAACAGCACCUCACCACUUAGGGGCUCUUUCACACCAUUUCACGAGGACUCUGACGUGGCCAUGGGCUCCGAGUUGAAGACGGAGCUUGAGAUUGAGGAGACGCUAGUGAAUGAGGGAGUAGCCAUGAACUGUGGCGCCCAGAUAGACGUGGAGGGCGACGACAACCAAGAGGAGUUCUGGGAGCAAGAGGUUCGCAAGAGGAAGACACGUACAGCCCUGACCCGCUCAGCUGAGUCCGCCAGGCAAGACUGGGGGAACACUUCCUCCGAUGAGGACAUGGAGCACUAUUUUGACUUCUCGCGCACUGUGGUCAGUCGCACAGGUGCCAGGGACCCACCCCAGGCUCCUGCCUCUCCUUCCUCAAGAUCUAUCCCUCAGCUGGACGGCGUGGACGAUGGGACGGAGAGUGAUGCCAGCGUGACAACCACUGGCGGGGCUCAGAAACUGAAGAGUGGCAGUCAAGCCCAGAAACCAGCUCAAACGCAAGAGGUUCCGCCUGAAGUAGAAACGACAACAAAUGGUCUACGUGCAGACUCUGGAAUCCCUGUCCCAGAUCAGUCACCCCUUAGCAACCCUCCCGAGUCUACAACCAGUGUUGUCCUCCCCGCUACCAAACCUCCCCCAGCGUAUAUACCCCAGGAUCCAUCUAAAGCCUUUAAUGCCACACAACUAGAUGGGACUGAAUUGGACAGUGUGACCCUUGCGCCAACUGAGAUCUCACCAGAAGCUCCAAGACCAGCUGCAGUGGACCCAUCCACAACAUACAGCCCUGCUGAUAUGAGUACUACUCCCCUGCGGUUAUACACCUUCCCAACUCCUCUAGAACAACAGAACUCAAUCCCCUCCUUAGAAGCCCAGGAAACAGUGUCGAUUGCACCUCUUCAAGGAACUCUGCCGGACUUUGUCCAGACUAAGGUGCCUGAUACGGUCUACCCAGAGGAUUUAUUCCAAGGUUCCGGUCUAGACUUUGCCCCUGGGGCUCCACUUGUUCUUGAAAGGUGUGAUCCUCCCUCCCCCAGCACCUGUUUCACUGAGCUGGUCCCUGUACAGGUUGAUGCUCCCAUGGAAACCCAUCACCCUCAAGACCCAAAAGACCUCUUCUUGGAUUCUAACAGCGGCCACUUUGUAUCACCCACAGAUGGAUCUGCCAUUUACAUGAACCACUUGACAGAGAGUUCAGGAGAUCCCUCAUUGAGCAGUAGUCAGGGCACCCUGUUGGAGCUUCUUCAGCCCUCUUCUCUUAUCUCCUCGGACUUCCCUAACCCCAGCGUAGCCCCGACGGACCCUUUGCAAAUGAGUCCCUCUGUGCAGUCCUCUUUGCCUGGCUUUCACCCUUCAAGGCCACCUCUCAUUAGCAUCUCGCUACAACCCCUGACAUCCUCCCAAGGGUCAACAGUCUUGCCGCCCAUGGAGACCUUUUGUACCAAAUUGUCAGCACCUAUUCCAGGCAGUGCCCUUCCACAUUUGUCCUCAAAUUUGUCCUCUCAAAUUGAUCCCAUUUUGUCUGCAACAUCAAGUGUCAGUCUCCCAUCUUAUGGAUCAGUCUCUCUGCCUAUAUUCUCCACACAAUCCCAGGCCAUGGUCUCCACAGCAAUUACCAUUGUAUCAUCCUCUCCCUCCAUAUGCUCUCUCUCCGAUGCUCUAUCCACCCAGUGUCACCCCAUGCUCUCUUCGCUUCAGCCCUCCUCUGCCCCUGUGAUGAUUAACGGAUACAGCUCCACGUCUCUGCAGAAGGAAGCUACCACGGGACACACCAUCUCCAUCAACUUCUCCACCCCCAGGCCUCCACUGGAGCCCCAACAGCCGCUGUUACCUCAGGGACUACCUGGCCACGCUAUCCUUACUGUGAAGGAAGUGGGUGGUCCCAACGUGGACCCUACACCUCACGUUCUGCUGGUGAACCGCCUGGGCCAGAUCUUUGUGAAGAACCCAGAGAGCAACACCUUCCAGCUGCCCAGUCAGAGCUCUCCCUCCUAUAACUGUGUCACUCAGAUAGCCAGCCUUCUUCAGAGCAAUGCCCUGUCUGCCACCUUGGCAGCAGCUGGUACAAUGUCCACCCCAGCUCCAGGGACUGCCAUGCCAACCCAUGUCCCUAGGAUGGCCACGCCUGUGGUUCAGAACCCAGCUACCAUCACUCAACUGCUCACUCAUAACAGCAAUGGGACAGUGGCAGCAACUGUGGCCAAGAAACCCAGGAAGAACGCAAGCGCAGAUGGAGCUAUACCAGGGAUGAAGAAACCCAGGAAGAAGAAAGAACCUUCCUCAACUUCUAGGAGAAAGAAGUCUGACAAGGCUGCAGACCUGUUUGAGUUUGCUGGUCAUGAAGGGAGUUCCUCCAUGACCAACACUGAGAGCGCCCAAGCCAUCAUCAACCAAGCCAUGGCCAGUAACUACACCCCCAACCGGACCGGUCCCCGCAUACUGAGUCCCUCCACAUUCCGUAACAACCCUUCCCUGAAAUCUGUGGUCCUGCCCCCAGGACUACUCAUCGAACCCGAGCCUGCAGCCACCACAACGCCUGUUUUAGCACCCCGCCCUCCUCGCACCCAUGUCCGUAUGAAGAGGGUCUCGUCCCUUUCAGAUCGCAUUGGUGCCACAAAGAAGUCCAAGACAGACUUCCUAGAGCCAGAGCCCCCUAGUGCUAAGGAAGACCUGCCGGUACCCAAAGACAGCUUUGCUGCUGUCUCCAGCAGGGCCGGGGGUGUUCGCAUUAAAACCCCAACGGUGAAAGGUGUGUUUGACCUGGACAAGCUAAAGGAGGAGUACUUGAGUGACUGUGAAAGCACAAGGCCAGGGCCUUGGGACCGCCUGGCUAUACCUCGAUUAGGGGGGGACAUGGGUAAACAACAGAACUGGGACACAGUGGGCCGCAGUGCCCUGACUGACUGGAACAAAUACUCAGGUGCUGUAUCGUGCUCAGAUGAUGAGCUGCUGCCCUCAGACGAGGACGAUGAGUGCCCCCCCAGCCGAGACCAGCCCCACCUCCGCUUCGAGAUCAAAAGCGAUGACGGCUUCAGUGUGGAGGCAGACAGCAUAGAGGUGGCCUGGAAGGCAGUGAUAGACUGUGUCCAGGAGGCGCGGGCGGGGGCCAGGCUGAGGCAGCUGUCCUUCUCUGGGAUGACAGGUGCCCGUAUGCUGGGCCUGCUCCACGACACGGUGGUCUUCCUGGUGGAGCAGCUCCAGGGGGCCCGCCGCUGCCAUAGCCACCCCUUCCGCUUCUUUAAACAGAUCAGUCAAGAGGAGGACCUUCCUGUCAACCCCUCCGGCUGCGCCCGCUCCGAGGUCUACCUCAGGAAGUCCACCUUCGACAUGUUCAACUUCCUGGCUUCCCAGCACCGCCAGCUCCCUGACAUCAACCCCUACGAUGAGGAGGAGGAUGAAGUCCCACUCAAAUCCACAAGACGUGCCACUAGCUUGGAGCUCCCCAUGGCCAUGCGCUUCAGACAUCUGGAGAGGACAUCUAAGGAGGCUGUUGGCGUGUACAGGUCUGCUAUCCACGGGCGGGGUCUGUUCUGCAAGAGGAACAUCGACGCUCAGGAGAUGGUCAUCGAGUAUGCUGGCAUCGUCAUUCGCUCAGUGCUCACAGACAAGCGGGAGAAGUACUACGAUGGCAAGGGUAUUGGCUGCUACAUGUUCCGUAUCGAUGACUUUGACGUUGUGGACGCCACCAUGCACGGCAAUGCAGCGCGCUUCAUCAACCACUCAUGCGAGCCCAACUGCUACUCACGCGUCAUCAACGUGGAGGGCCAGAAGCACAUCGUCAUCUUCGCCCUGCGCAAGAUCUACCGGGGCGAGGAGCUCACCUACGACUACAAGUUUCCCAUCGAAGACCCAGCAAGCAAGCUCAACUGCAACUGCGGGGCCCGGAAAUGUAGACGCUUUCUCAACUAGGGGCAGGAGGAGGACGUGGGACUGCCACAGUCCCUGCAGGGGGAACAAGGCACUAGGGGAGGGGGGUGAGAGACCAGAGGCAACAGGAAAAAACAACAGAGGUUAAAAGCCUUAAAUUAAGGUUUUACUGGGUUGGGAGGUGGGGAGGAGAAAAUACAUGAGAGGAUGAGCCACUACGACGAGACUGGGAGAGGAACCAGGACCAGGAGAUGGAAAGCAAGAGGGAAGAGGAGAGCCGCACAGGGACAUGCAUCCAUAAGCUCACAUUGACUCCUAACCAAUAUGCAUCUGCCAGAGGUUUGGCAAGUUCACAACAGGAGAGGGCGGAAGUAGCUACCGUUAGAGUGUGUUUUUUUUCUUGAGAACAGGAUACUGAACGCUGCAGACAUCUGUUGUGGUUAUGCUGGUUCUAUGUUACAUGAAGGUAUUUUCCUUGAUGCAUAACGUCUAGCCCUUUCUGUUGAAAUAAGGGUGGACCAGAAAAGCUAGACUUGGAGUGAUUCCUUAUCUUUUUUUUUGUGUGUGUGUGGGGGGGGGGGGUUAAUUUCGACACCCAUAAUCAUGUUGGUUCCAUCCUCUCUAGUCGAUCCC